AUGCUCACCUCCGACCAACCGGCGGGAGGAGGAUCCGACUUUGCGGAGCAUCCGGUCAACGCCACCGGCAUGCUGCGAUCACCGGCGGUCGACGCUGGUCCGCCCGGAGGGGGUGCCGAUCAACCGGCGGUCCUGGCCGACUCCGAUCUCCACCUGCUAGAGGAGGAGGACGAAGGGUCCGAGGGGUCCAAGAAUCCUGGCGACUUGGACGCGGACGGAUCGGACGGGGCCCCAUCGGAGCUGGUGCGGGACGAUGGCGACGAAGACAACAUCCUGCCGCCGCAGGCCAAGGCCCAUCUCACGCAGGUCGUCAAGAAGGUGUUCGAAGAGCAACAGUGGACCCCUCCGGUAGCGGUUGCCAGAACACCGGAAAUGAAGAAACGGGCGUACAUCAAGCGGCCCAUGAACGCGUUCAUGGUCUGGGCACAGACCGCCCGCCGGGAGAUGGCGAAGCUGGAACCGAAACUGCAGAACUCGGAAAUCAGCAAGGACCUUGGCCGGCUCUGGAAAAUGCUGUCGCCCGAGGACAAGCAACCGUUUGUUGCGCAGGCGGAGCUACUCCGGAAGGCGCACAAGCGCCAGCAUCCGGACUACAAGUACCAGCCGCGUCGGAAGCGCGCGAAGAAGGCCGGCGCGGGUGGUGGUGGCGGUGCCGAUCCCACGUUGUGUAGUAAUUGUGGCGUGGGACCGGGACCGGCGGUCGGUGGAAGCAGAGAUACCCAUCACCGGUGUGGGGCCGGUGGGGACGAUGAACGGGAGGAUCACCAAGUAGCGCCGCCGGCGGCGGCGGCGGCGUCGACGGCUCGCCGACCUCACCGACGGCCGACGGCGGCUUCCAGGACCGCCAGCGCCGAGGUGUCGAGGACGACCUCGGACGCGGCUCCAGCAACGCCGGCGGCCGUCGGAAAGUCUGGCGAUGGGGUGGAGGGGGAGCUCCUGAAGGUGGGUCCCGACUUCGGACCCAAGAGUCCGGCGGGAGGCACCUGGGAUAGCUGGUUCCGGAUGGGUGGUGGCGCUGGUGGUGGUAAGCGAGCAGCGUCCGGACGGGGCGUAGAUCCUGCGGAGCCAGCACCGGAGAUCCUGUUGCCUUCCAAUGGGCAGCUGACAGCAGCGGGCCCCGGAAUGGGUGGAGGGGUAGCCCCCGCAGCCUCCAGCAACAGAUCGUCCGUGUACGGGAUGAGGUUGCACCAGCUACAGCCCUGGAGCCGCGGCACGGACAGCAGCAACGGAUCGUCGCUGCCGUUCCGGGUGCCGCCAGCGGUGGUCUCGAGCUCCGACGGCGGCGGCGAGGGGAACUGCCCUCUAGCCCGCUACCACGGGGAUUACCACGGGCCACCGUCAGGACUCUCGUUCGCCGAGCAGCGACAGCCACUCAGUUACCACCAAGAACACCAGCAACAGCCGCAACAGCAACAGCAGCAACAGCAGCGACCAGCAUCAGCCGCCAGCAGCAGCGAGCAGGAGCUGACGUUCGUGCCGAUCUACGAGUUCCACUCGAAUCUGCUCUCGAAUCAACCGUCGACGUCGUACGAGCAGACGUCACCGUACCACCCACCCUCCGCGUACCACUGGGGCACCACCACCCCACAGGAGCACUCGCCCCCCACGCCCUACCUGCCGGUCCCGGGAAGUUCCCCGGCAUCGCCACAACCUCCGACUUCCUACGGCCAGACGACACCCUCGCCUUAUCUGGGCUCCUGGGCUACGACGACACCUCGGACCAACUUCGUCCAGGUGACGGGCGACUCCCAGGAGGGCCACGGAUUCGUCGAGUAUCCGAACGCGGCGGCGGCGGCGGCAGCGGCAGCGGCGGCGUUCGGCUCCUCGAACGAAACGUGCGGUGUCCUCGAGAGCAGCAACGGACGGAGCACUCCUUCGACGGCCGGAUCGCCUCCGGCCAUGGUCGCCACGCUCGUCGUCCCUGUCGGGUACGCCAUCCUGACACCACCCCCGUACACCCCACCACCCGCAGCCCACUUCACGCCCAUCACACCGAGUGGUGGCAGUGGAUUCAUGAUCUCCACACCAUCGGCAUCGACGUCACCGGCCACCAUGCCGCCGAUCGGGCAGCAGGAGUACGGCGGGGACCCGCCGCCAGGAUCACGCCAACAGCCACAGACGACGCCCACCCCGAUGGGCCCGGUCGAUGUCGUGUAUGACCUUCAGCUCCACGCCGGAUCAUCGGCGGAUCCUUCGAGUCAAUCACAGCGCCGCCCCGCCGCAUGGUAUCAUCCUGCGGAGCAGAGUGUCGGGGAGGGCGAGGGCUUCCUGGGUGCCUUCCGAUCGUACGUCGAUCGGGGGGGCGGGGGCGGUGGAGCCCUGCAUGACGAGGGCCUCCUCCAGGAGGACCAGGUCCUGAACCACGGUUGCUACGGUCGGCACGGGGAUGGGGAGGCCACGGGCCACCCGUUCCUAUGCACCCAGUGUCCCCCCCAGUGUCCUCAGUGCCCCCAGCUACCCUACUCCUCCGUGGCCAUCGAGCAGUCGCCCUUCGGCAACGGUGGUGGCGGUGUCCACCAAUACUCAACGGGCGCAACCAACCCAACGGGGGGUCCCACCCCAACGGUACGCGGUUUGUACAAGGACGAGGACGAGGAGUAG